ACCUCAUCCCAAAUCUCAACCCAAGAACAAAAAUGGCCACCGCCACCACUGAAGCCGAAGUCCGUGAGUCCCUCGGCACGAAGUUCGGUCGCCUCAAGGAACAGGCGAAAGACAUGGCCUCCAGGCACCCCGUCGCUGGAGCCGCGGCCGUCAUCGCUGUCAGCGCCGUGGGCGCCUACUUCUUGUGGCCCGUGGCGGCCCCGGCCGUGGCCAUGAUGAAGGCGCCUGGAUCCGGCGGUGUGCUCGUCUCCCGCGCGGCGUUUCUCGCGAAGAAGGAGCUGUACUUCAAGCUCUUGCGCACCGGGGGCGUUGCGGCGGCGGUCGCCGCUUUGGCGUAGCUGCGCAUGCAGUAGUGGUACAUGCUGUUCGUGAACGAGCGGCGGGCCGGACGUUUCAGGUUGUAUGUUGACCAAGUGGUUAUUAGUACUUUCCUUUCGUUGGUGUUGAGUCUCGACUCUCGAGUUUGGAUUAUCUGUCAAAAACCUAUGUAUGCGUGCAUGAUCAGUUUGAUGAAUAAUGGAACUCUUUUAAGAAAUAAAGCAAGUUAAAGUCCAGAUAAACAUCCA